GCCGGCGAAGCGAUGCAGGAAGCCAUUGCGAUCACUGAGCAGCCGGUCUCUGUCUCCAUCCCCGUGGGAUACUCCUUCACCCUGCGGUGCAGAGCCGAGGGACGCACGUCGCUGCAGUACCAGUGGUUUUGUCAGCACCAGUCUGUCUGCCACCUGAUUCCUGGUGCCACCAAGCAAGAUUUGCCCAUCACUGCACAGCAGACCCAACUCUACACCUGCAGAAUCAAUGACCUCUACAAAAAUGCCAUCUUCUCCGACUGGGUGAAGGUGGAGGUCCAUCAGUGUGUUGCCAGAGGACUGCCCCCUCAGCUCUGGCGAGGAGAACCGGUCAUCGUCCUCAACCCCACCGAGCAGAGGGUGGAGGUGGGGAAGCCGCUGCAGCUGCAGUGUGCUGCCAUGGGGAUCCCAGCCCCCAGCUACCAGUGGUACCAGAAUGGGAACCUGCUGGAACACCAGAAGAAAAAAAAACUCUGGAUCACCCACGCAAAGGUCAGUGACUCCGGCACGUACCUCUGCUGUGCCUCCAAUAGCCACGGAGAGCACUGGACCAACGCCGUGGAUAUUCACAUAGGUAUGUGUCGCUCUGAAAAGUUUUUUGCUACAGGCAAGAUAGCGCUUUUAGUGGGCAACAACCGCUACCAGCAUCAUCCCAACCUGAUGGCUCCCGUCACGGAUGUGUUUGAGCUGAGUCUUCUUCUGGAGCAGCUGGGCUUCCAGGUUGUCUCUCUUCUGGACCUGAACAAGGCUGAGAUGGUGACAGCGGUCAGUCGGUUCCUGCAGCUCCUGGGGAAGGGAGUCUAUGCUAUAUUCUACUACGCUGGUCAUGGGUACGAACAUUCGGGGAGGAACUACAUGGUCCCUGUUGAUGCUCCACAACCCUAUGCCCCCGAGAACUGCAUCAGCGUGCAGAGGAUCCUUCAGAAGAUGCAGCAGCAGCAGACGGCCCUGAAUCUCAUCCUGCUGGACACCUGCAGGAAAUGGUACAACCCGGAGUGUGCCCUCUCCCAGGUACAGCCACUGGAGCCCUGGGGCAAUACCGUUUACGGCUACGCCACGAGCGAAGAUGCAGAAGCCUAUGAGUUGCAGGAUGGGGAGUUCAGCUCUGGGAUCUUCAUGAAAUAUCUGAAGAAACAUAUUCUGCAGGAGAAGAAGGUUACACACAUGCUGGAGGAUGUGUUAGAAGACAUCGGCCGGGAUCCCUUGGUCACUGGAAAGCAGGUGAUGGAGAUCAAACACACUCUGAAGGAAGCCCGGUCCCUGACAGACCCGAUCUGUCCGUCGGGAGCAGCUGCCGAGCACUGGGGACGCGGCCACGAGCCGGUGAGCGAAAUGGUGACCUUCCCCUGCGGGGUGCAGGUGGAGCUCCGCUUCCACCGGCUCUUCUCCAACGUGAUGUACGUGUGCGCCAAGCUGCAGCCCUCCCCAGCCCACGUCGCUGACGCCCGUCUCCUGCUCUGCCAGCCCACCGAGAUGCACGAUGUGGCCAUCCUGAAAGAGAGCCGCCUGGACCAAGUGGAGUCUUUGCUCGCCUCUGUGUACAAGCGGGAGGAGCUGGACUGUGUCCUCCAGCUCUGUGGACUACAGAAAAUUCAGACAGACGUGGUCCUGCAGUUGGAUUUGCAUUACACCCAGCUGAGCACAAAGCAGAGGGCUUGUGAAAGCCUGCAAACAACCCUCCAGAAAUCUCUGCUAGGGCAGUUUUUCAGCCAGAGGAAUUACUCCCAGCCAAACUACCAGAGAACUCCUGCCUGCGCAGGCAGCGUGUGCCUCCGGGAUGCGUCGGCGCUGAGCAUGGACCCGAAGGGGCAAGCAUCUCUGAGGACAGGCUCUGGCUACAGCUUGCCCAGCAGCAACCCCUCCAACUCCAGCAGCGAGCCGGAGGAGAACGACGAGAGCGACCUGAGCGAGCUCUGCUCAGCACUGCUCCGGGCUGGCCCAGGGCAGGACUACCCCUGACCCCCACAAGCUGGUGUGCCCAGCCUUGGGAACUGCUAUUUUUAAUAGAGGCAACAGUUAUUCAAGCGCUAAAUACAUCAGAAUCUGUCAGCUGCUUUCCAGCCUUGGCGAUCGCCCUGUCCAAGUGAGGCCAAGGCUGCUUUUUUGGAAAGGCUUCUCCCAUCUGCGCCCUGUGGCGUGUGGGGCCUGAAGCCUGCUGGAAAUAACCCCUGUCCCGUGGGAGCAGUCGGGAUCAGCAAGGAGUCAUUGUCGUGUCUAGCGGAGGACAGGGCCACCCAACAAGUCAAAACAUUUCCAGGCAAAACCCAACGUCGCUUAAAGUCAAGGGCAACGGCUGAUGUUUUCUGCAAAUUAGGCUUUGCCUGAAAGCAAAUGUUACAGCAUUAAAGGUGUUAAGAAAGCCAUAAACACUACAGACCCGCGCUACAGCAGCAGCACGGCCUCAAAACCCAACUACAACUGCUGACUCUCAUCGCACUUGUGCAAGGGACACAAGGCUUGAACAAGGGACCCAGAUAAAACUGUAUAAGCUCUCCCCUGGGGUCGCAAUGUGGUUUUCUUUCCUUGUGAGUCCUGCCUGUGUCAAAGCAGGUUUUAAGUUAUGCAUUUAUGUAUUUCUAAAGAAUGUAUUUAUACUUGGGGCAAGACAACUGCUUGCCAGGAAAAGGAAGGUCAGAUGUUCCGUCAAGUGUGUGUUUACAAUGAAGGCUGGUUUUCCAUCAGUAGUAGCCACCAGGCAGGUAUGCUUCCACGUGCCCCUUCCAGCACAGUACACAGGGGCAUUAAAGUGUGUUAAGUCCUGUGCAGUCCUGAGUUCCUCUCAGAUCCAGAAUUUCCUACAUGUGGGGAUGGAAAAGACCAAGAUGGAGGAGGAAGAACCUCAACAAAGUCAUUAUUAGUGCAAAUUUUAUUUCUAAGUGCCUGUCUCUGUGCAUUCACUGUGGGCAACCUCAAGCACUACUUUUCGUGGAGAACCAUCUGUCCGGAGCGAGCCACAGGUGAGCAGGGCCCAAAGGACAGCCCGAGUGGGCACCGUCCCCUCCCUGCCUGCUUCUCUAAAGUUUGUUUGACAAAGGUUUCAGCAUAGCUCCAGGUGAUUGCUCAGCAAGGGCCUGAGAGGGUGAUCUAAUAGUUCAACAGGGGCCAAUGACCCCGGUGAGGUGUGGGAUCUCCAUCCUUGGAGACAGUUCACUCCGGACUGGAGAAGGUGCUGAUGAGCUGAUCCAAGCUGUCAGGGGGCUGGACCAGAGACAACCGGAGGUCCCUUCUGGCUGUUGAGGUCCUGUGAAAGAAAGAACUUGGAGAUGAAAGACUUCUUGAGAGGUCAAGGAUAGUGGGGCAGGGAGAGUGCCCAAGCUCUGUCUUCUGUCGUGGUCUAAAAGAGGAAUAGAAGAGAGCAUUUUCUAAGUUUCGGUUCUCCUUCAGCAGUGAAGAUACUUGCAUCUCUGUCUACGGUGUCUAUUGCAGCAUGGAAGAAUAUGAAAUGCUCCUUCCACAUAAACCAUCCUACAAGUGCUGGAAACCUGUCCAAAGAGAACAGAGGAGGCUUUUAUUCUCCUCACAGUGAGUAGAGCCAAGGGAAAGAAGAGAGGCCCCAUCUGGCUGAAGUCUAGAAAGUCUCCUAGGAAAAACUGUGAAGCUCAAAAAAAAAAAAUUUACAGGGUGUAGUUUAAAUAAGAUGGACUGAUAGAGAAGCUAAACCAGAAAAUAGUAAACUAGUUGAAGGGAGAACCAAAGAUCAACCCAACACCAGCCGAAACUUAAGACAGGUCAGUGGGAAUAGCUAUGCAGGCAUUUGGGAGGAGCUGGGAGUCUCGUUGCCUCUAUGAGGAUUGUACGCACCCUCCUAUACUGUUGGGGCAAAAUAUGUUUCUGGCUCACAUAAUCAUGGCCAAUGUCAUCUCAUGUGAACGUUAAUCUCAUUCCAAGCAAGGCUGUUUAUUUUUUCUGAAUAAAACACUAUUGGUG